AUGAAUGGUGGACAAUUCUUGGAGCGGCGGAAGCAUCCAUCUGCCCUCGAAGUGCCGCAUGAAGACACAACAGAUGCAAGAGACAGGCUGAUGCAGAGGCACGACUUUACGCUCGAUGAUGCGCCGGAGCAUAGCAAGGAAGGAGGAGAAGGCGAUAGCAAAGGCUUCUUCGAGCUUCCCAAGCAGGAUCAGAGGAAUUUCUUGCUCUUGGUGUUGCUCUACUUCUUGCAAGGCAUACCUAUGGGUCUGGCAGGAGGCAGUGUUCCAUUCCUGCUGAAGAGCCAUCUGAGCUACAGCCAAAUUGGAGUCUAUUCCCUGGCCUCGUACCCAUACAGUCUGAAGCUGCUGUGGAGUCCGAUUGUCGAUGCUGUCUGGAGCGCGAGAGUGGGUAGACGAAAGAGUUGGAUCCUCCCCAUUCAGACAUUGAGUGGUUUUGGUAUGAUAUGGCUUGGCGGUAGAGCUUCCCAGAUGAUGGAAGAUGCCGGUAGCAACGGCGGAGCUGGCGUGUGGGGCUUCACAGGAUGGUGGUUUGCACUCGUCUUCAUGUGCGCCACGCAAGACAUCGCCGUUGAUGGCUGGGCACUUACGCUCAUCUCUCAGAGCAAUCUGUCGUACGCAAGUACAGCUCAGACGGUCGGCCUCACGGGUGGGCAAUUCCUGUCGUUCACGGUCUUCCUUGCUUUGAACGCCCCAGAUUUUGCGAACAAGUGGUUCCGCAGCACACCUUCGGAUGUGGGACUAAUCACCUUGAAUUCGUACCUUACGUUCUGGGGCUGGUUCUACCUCGCUGUGACGUUGGGCCUCGCAGUGCUCAAAAAGGAGGAUCGCACCAAGGAGAAGGACAGCAUCUGGGAAGUUUACAAGACAAUGGGCGGCAUCAUGAAGCUGAAAAACAUCCAGACCUUCAUCAUCAUUCAUCUCAUCGCCAAAAUCGGAUUCCAGGCAAACGAGGCGGUGACCAACCUCAAGCUUCUAGACAAAGGCUUCAGCCAGGAAGAUCUUGCUCUGACAGUACUGAUUGACUUUCCGUUCGAAAUGAGUCUUGGAUACUACGCUGGUAAAUGGAGCGAGCAAUACCAACCCGUCCGAGUGUGGUGUUGGGCCUUUGUUGGACGCCUUGUCGCAGCUGUCUUUGCACAAAUGACGGUCAUGUUUUUUCCGCCCACCGGAACUACGACGGGCUAUCUGCUGCUGAUUAUCGUUUCGCACAUCUUCUCAACAUUCAUGAGCACGUGCAUGUUCGUCGCCAUCUCCGCCUUCCAUGCCAAGAUCUCGGACCCUGCCAUCGGCGGUACCUACAUGACUUUACUCGCCACCGUCUCAAACCUUGGUGGCACUUUCCCACGAUUUUUCGUCCUCAAAGCAGUUGACAGCUUUACAAAAGCAACCUGCAUACCUCCUGCCAAAGCUCCAGCCGAACUCAAGGGCAGUCUGAUAACACAGGCUUUCUCUUGUGUAGCAGAAGCGGAGAAGCACCGAUGUAUAGAUGGCGGCGGAGUAUGCCAGAUCGAUCGCGACGGCUACUAUUAUGUCAACGUGCUUUGCGUCAUCUUCGGCGUCGUAACGUUCUGGGGAUAUAUCAAGCCAGCAGCUCUAAAGCUACAAGCACUGCCGCUAAGAGCCUGGAGAAUAGCAAGCUGA